AUGAAGAAUUAUGCGUCACACCCACUAUAAUCAAGCGGAAAAGGAAGUUUAUAAGACACUCCUUAUUAUAUGGAGUUAAAACCCAAAAAAAGUAAUUCGAAAAUAGCUAAUACUGAAAGAACAACCGCCAAAAACACUAAAUAAGACUUGUUGGAAUACUUCAAAAAAGAACGAAAUACUCUAGCUUAAGUAACUAAUAGUAUUAAAACAUAACUUCAAUAAAAUCGAUCUAUUGACAAUUUGAUUAGCCAGAAGAGCGAAAGACUUAAAACACUUAAUGCCCAAUAUCAAUAAUUCCCUUUGUCUAUAGACUAAAGGAUUAAUACAGAUGAGGGAAAUAGCAUCAAAAGAUAAAUCCUCAAGGGAAAGAAUCUCUCCCUAGCUACAAUUCAAAUGGAAUCAAAGUAGUAGAAGAUACCUAUCUUAUAAGCUAAAGUGAAUCAGACACCUUAAAACAAUCACAAGGUACCAAAAUCAACAGUAGACCAAUACUUUUAAGAUAUACAAAUAAAAAGUGCAAAACAAUAUAAAAAUAAUCAUUACUUAGACUAUCAACAAUAUUUCAACAUUAGGGCAAACAAAAAUUCUUUGUUACAAGAAUCUCAAACAUUAAAAUAAUCAAUUGAAUAUAUCUUAACCAAAAAUAAGUAAGAUGCCAAAAAGGUGGUCAAGAGACUAGACUCAACUGAACCACGGUCAAUAAAUCAAUCCACUCAAUAAAGAAGUGAUUCCAUAAAAAAAAUGAAUAGGGCCGAGGACUCAAAUCAUUUUGAUUCUAAAAAGCAACUAAAAAUUAUAUUAUUUUACAAGAACCAAAAGUAUUUGUAUAUCAAUAUCUAGAUACAACUAUUUAUUUGAUUAUCAAAAUAAAACCACUGAUAACUUAUACAAUUUUUUGAUCCAACAAAUAGCUAGCAUUGAGAAAUCUUUUGUUAUACAAGGAGGAGGCACAGGAUCAACUGAAGAAGAUCACAUUUAACAAGGUAUUCUAUAAUUCUAAAAUUUAGAAAUCAAUAAGGUUUGCCAGUUUUAUUGUGUUUAGAAGAAUGUGCCUUAUGAUUACUAUCUAAGUCUUCCAAAUUUACCAUUAAACGUCUUUUAAGGAAUAACUUUGUAAUUGUAACCAUUAAUGGCAUAAUCACCUUCUGGCAAGAGAGUUACAUUAAAAGAUUUCAAUCUUGUCAAAUGUAUAGGUGUAGGCGGGUUUUCGAGAGUGUAUUUGGUGAGGAAAAGAGACAAUGGGAAAUUUUAUGCACUCAAAUUGAUUGAUAAGAAAUUUAUAAUGGAAAAUUAGAAGCAAAUUAUAGUUUAGAAUGAAAGAGAUAUAAUGGUGAAGAUGGAUAAUUAAUUCAUUACUCCAUUACACUUUGCAUUUGAAACUAAGUUUUAUAUUGCAUUUGUUCUUGAUUAUUGUUCAGGAGGAGAAUUGUUCUUCCAUCUAAGAAAACUAAAGAGGUUGAGUGAGUAAGAUGCUAAAUAUUAUUUUGUUGAAAUUUGCAUUGGUAUGGCAUACUUACAUUCAUAAAAUAUUAUUUAUCGAGAUAUCAAACCUGAGAAUAUAUUAUUGGAUUUGCAUGGACAUCUCUUACUCAGUGAUUUUGGACUUAGUAAACCUAAUAUGUCACCAGAAGAGUUGGCUUAUUCUUUUUGUGGAUCACCUGAGUACAUGGCUCCAGAAAUGCUUCUCAAAACAGGUCACAACUAUUUGGUUGAUUGUUAUUGUUUAGGAGCAUUACUCUACGAAUUAGUAACAGGAUUACCACCAUUCUAUUCUCAUAAUACUCAAGAAAUCUACAACUCAAUCUUGACAGAAUAAGUUCAAUUUCCUCCUUAUGUCCAAAUCUCAGACGAAUUAAAGGACUUGAUAUACUCGUUACUAGAGAAAGAGCCUUCAUAAAGAAUAGGAUAGAAUUAAGGUGUUAUAGAAAUCCUUACUCAUCCUUGGUUUGCAGAUGCUGAUUUUGAAGCCAUAGUUAAUAAAAAAAUCAAGCCUCCUUACAAACCACAACCUUUAUAAUAUAAUUUUGAUGAAGAAGAAUUUAAUAAAGGAGAUACUGAGUUUAGAAAAUAAUACAAUGUCAAUUUAUAAAAAGAAUAUGUAACAUUAUGUUGUUAUUUUAGACUAAUGACAAUCAUGGCAAUCUCAUUCUACAAAAUUUUUAUUUUUCAAGAGAAGAUCUCCCAGAAAAAUCAGAACACAAGUCCAAAAGAUCAAAUGUUAUAAAUUUAAGUCAGCUUCAUUUAGAAGGUGUGCCUGAAGAUUAGAAUUCUCCAGGAAGAGUUGGAAUCUAGGUUUUCACAUCUGAUCUGAGGAGAGUUUAAAAAUAUUAAGGGAAAUCAGAAGUUUAAGAUGUCCUCAAACGAAAUAAUUAAAAUAAUAAUAAUAAAUCCGCUUCUCUAAUUACUUCUUCCAAAGUAGCUCAUGCUUAUUCAAAAACAAUGUAACAAUAAAAUUCACAUCCUGAUUUAAAAGUAAGCUAUAUAUAUUCAAAAUUAGUCACUUAAAUUGAUGAUUGAUUCUACAAAAAUGCAACUUAGUUCUGAGAGGAAUGCUACCUUGCCUGAGAACCAAAGCUCCAAAUUUUAAAAUAAUCGAAUCAAGACCGAACAGAUCACUUAGAUGAUUUAUCCUAAAACUACUACUAAUUAUUAGUUGAACAAGCAAUCUAAUCUUUAGAAAUUGUUUGGAUCUGAUAAAAGAAAAAAAUGA